AUGGGUCUCACAUUUUCGAAGCUGUUCGAUAAGCUAUGGGGAAAGAAGGAGAUGCGCAUUCUCAUGGUCGGUCUUGACGCUGCCGGAAAGACCACCAUUCUCUACAAGCUCAAGCUCGGUGAAAUCGUCACCACCAUCCCCACCAUCGGUUUCAACGUCGAGACCGUCGAGUACAAGAACAUUCAGUUCACCGUGUGGGAUGUCGGCGGUCAGGACAAGAUCCGUCCUCUGUGGAGGCAUUACUUCCAGAACACCCAGGGUAUCAUCUUCGUCGUUGACAGCAACGAUCGCGACCGUGUUGUUGAGGCGCGUGAGGAGCUCCAGCGCAUGUUGAACGAGGACGAGCUGCGGGACGCUCUCCUCCUUGUCUUUGCCAACAAGCAGGAUUUGCCUAACGCCAUGAACGCCGCUGAGAUCACCGACAAGCUUGGUCUUCACAGCCUCCGACAACGUGCCUGGUACAUCCAGUCGACUUGCGCUACCUCCGGUGACGGUCUCUACGAGGGUCUCGAGUGGUUGAGCAACUCUCUUCGCAAGGCCGGUCACAACUAA